ACUGCAAAACCCAGAAUCCAAAUUAUACAGCUUUUUUGUUCAUCAUUUUCGGGGUUUUGUGUGAUUCCUAUAUAUAUACAUAACAGUAACUGUACUCAACAAUGGCUUUUUCAGUGACGUCUUCACCGGCAGCAAUUCGCAGUUCUUCUCUGUCUUCUUCUUUUGACCAGCUGCCCAGAGCUGCGCAAUUUAGCGCGUUUCAGGCGUUGGAUCGGUCUCAUCUCCCGUCGGCGGCGGCGAAUUUCUCGCGGAGGCGCUGCUCCGCCGUGAGGCAGCUGAACGCGGCGGAGCCGAAGAGGAACGAUUCAAUUGUUCCGUCGGCGGCGACGUUGUCCCCUCCUGAAUUGGUUGAAAAAUUGGAAGAAGAAGACUACGAGAAAUUGGCGGAGGAGCUCACAAAUGCUUCCCCUCUUCAGAUUAUGGAUAAGGCUCUCGAAAAAUUCGGAAACGAUAUUGCAAUUGCUUUUAGUGGAGCAGAAGAUGUAGCACUAAUCGAAUACGCGCACUUAACCGGACGACCGUUCCGCGUCUUCAGCCUAGAUACAGGCCGAUUAAACCCCGAAACCUACAAAUUCUUCGACCAAGUCGAAAAACGCUACAACAUUCGCAUCGAAUACACAUUCCCGGAAGCCGAGGAAGUUCAGUCCUUAGUGAGAACGAAGGGGCUCUUCUCCUUCUACGAAGACGGCCAUCAAGAAUGCUGCCGUGUGAGGAAGGUGAAGCCGUUGAGGCGGGCCCUCAAGGGUUUACGGGCCUGGAUAACGGGCCAGCGGAAGGAUCAAUCGCCCGGGACCCGAUCGGAAGUCCCUGUUGUACAGGUGGACCCUGUUUUCGAAGGGCUUGAAGGUGGGGUUGGGAGUUUGGUUAAGUGGAACCCCGUUGCGAAUGUGAAGGGGAACGAUGUGUGGAACUUCUUACGAGCGAUGGAUGUGCCGGUCAAUACGUUGCACGCGCAAGGCUAUAUAUCGAUCGGGUGCGAGCCUUGCACGAGGCCCGUUUUGCCGGGUCAGCACGAACGGGAAGGGAGAUGGUGGUGGGAAGAUGCCAAGGCUAAAGAAUGCGGGCUCCACAAGGGCAAUAUUAAGGACGAAAAUUCGACCGCGGAGGCUAAUGGGUUAGCCCCUGUUGUCGCGGACCUUUUUGUUACGAAGAAUAUGGUGGAUUUGACUAGGGUUGGGAUUGAGAACUUGUUGAAAUUGAAGGACCGGAAGGAGGCUUGGAUUGUGGUGAUGUACGCGCCUUGGUGCCAAUUCUGCCAGGGAAUGGAAGCUUCUUAUGUCGAGUUGGCGGACAAAUUGGAAGGUUCCGGAGUUAGGGUUGGAAAGUUCCGGGCGGAUGGGGAGGAGAAGGAGUUUGCUCAGAAGGAGUUGAGUUUGGGGAGUUUUCCGACUGUGGUUUUGUUUCCGAAGCAUUCUUCGAGGCCGAUUAAGUAUCCGUCGGAGAAGAGAGAUGUUGACUCUUUGAUGGCUUUCGUUAAUGCCCUCCAAUGAUCGUAAAUUCGUAACAUUACGAAUCGACCCGUUCUGGAGUGUGUGUAUAUGGUAUCGACCCGUGUUUCUACCAUGCUUGAUCUUUAGGUAUAUUCUUGUAUACUUUCACGAUGUAGUUUCUUGUUUUUUUUUUUUUGCGCGGUUUCGGUUUUGUUAGUUAUAAUGUUAGCCAUGUUAAAUGAUCAUUUGAUGUGGAUAAAAAAGUUCAUGGAAUGUAAUGUUAUUGUUUGCAGUU